UCCACGUCAGAUGAGGAGGUGUGGCGACGAGCGUCACUGUAGCCACGUAAUCAGGGAAGCAGGAAGCGCUGCGCAAACCCUUCGCUUGCAGAAACAGCACUUAGUAAAGAAAAUGGCUGAGUUUGAGGAAGUCGCUCAGAAGUCGAAGCUGCACCCGAAGCCGGAGGGUCUGACGCUGCAGUAUGGCACUGCUGGAUUUCGCACGAAUGCCAAACAUCUGGACCACAUCAUGUUCCGCAUGGGACUUUUGGCAACUCUGAGGUCCAAAAAGACAAAAUCUACCAUUGGAGUCAUGGUCACUGCGUCCCAUAACCCUGAGGAGGAUAAUGGAGUGAAGUUAAUCGACCCGAUGGGUGAGAUGGUGGCUGCAGCAUGGGAGGAAUACGCCACACAGCUGGCCAACGCAGAGCAGGACCAUCUCCUCGCAGCGCUGAAGGACAUUAUAGAGAAAGAGGACAUCAGCAUGAGUGAAGCGGCCAGCGUUUACAUCGGCAGAGACACCAGACCCAGCAGUGCAGCUCUUUCUCAGGCUGUAUUGGACGGUGUUUCCAGUUUGGGAGGCAAAACUCAUGAUUAUGGUCUGGUCAGCACUCCGCAGCUCCAUUAUAUGGUGUGCUGCUGCAACACAAAGGGCCGCUAUGGCAGUGCCACCCUUGAGGGUUAUUACCAAAAACUCUCCCAGGCUUUCCUUCAACUCACCCACAAUGUCCCAAAUCGCACAGAUGACCAGAAGAGGCUUCUGCUGGACGGAGCGAACGGCAUCGGUGCAUUGAAGAUGAAGGAGCUGGAGCCGUUCAUUCGCUCUGAACUGCAGGUUGUGCUUUCUAAUGACGGCAGCAGUGGAAAACUCAACCACUUGUGUGGAGCAGAUUAUGUCAAAGUCCAGCAGAAAGCUCCCCAAGGUGUGAGUAUGGGAGUAGGUGAACGCUGCUGUUCAUUUGAUGGUGAUGCCGAUCGCAUUGUUUACUAUUACACCGACUCCAAAAACUGCUUCCAUCUUCUGGACGGCGACAAAAUUGCUACUCUUAUCAGCACUUUCCUCAAAGAGCUGCUCACACAGGCAGGGCUGAACUUACAGGUUGCUGUUGUUCAGACAGCGUAUGCUAACGGGAGCUCGACUCGCUAUUUGGAGGACGUUAUGAAGGUGGCAGUGUGUUGUACUAAAACAGGAGUGAAGCACCUUCAUCAUGCCGCACAGGAAUAUGAUAUUGGAGUCUACUUUGAAGCCAAUGGACAUGGAACUGUUUUGUUCAGCAAAGCAGCACAGAAACAGAUUGUGGAGCUGGUGAAAGACUCCAACGUAAACGAUGAGAGAAAACAUGCUGCAAAACUCCUGGAGAACACCGUCAAUCUGAUCAACCAGACGGUGGGAGAUGCCAUCUCAGAUAUGCUAGUGAUCGAAGCAGUUUUAGCCAUCAGAGGGAUGUCUGUGCAGGACUGGGAUGAGAUUUACACUGAUCUGCCCAACCGCCAGCUUAAAGUCACGGUGUCGGACCGGCGUGUCAUUAAUACAACAGAUGCAGAGAGAAGGGCCGUGACUCCAGAGGGUCUGCAGGACGCCAUCGACUCGCUAGUGAAGAAAUACAAAAACGCUCGGUCCUUCGUUAGACCAUCAGGAACUGAGGAUGUGGUCCGAGUCUACGCCGAGGCCGACACACAGGAAGGUGCUGAUCGUCUGGCUCAUGAGGUCAGCUUGGCUGUUCAUCGUCUUGCUGGAGGAGUCGGAGAUGAGCCUAAACCUUUACAUUAAUCAAACAUGCAUACAUUACUUCAGAAUUCAUCAAUUGAAACGUCCUGGCAGCGUCAUAUAUCAUGUCAAGUACAGAGAAUGUACAUUAAACUAGUUUGUGUGGCACAGACUAAUUUUUGGGAUGUUUUGGGAAGGGGUAAAUGUUUAUCAUUUACUCUUUGUACUGUACGAAUGGACAAUGUUUAUUAUUGGGAGUGUUUAAUUAUUUGGAAAUGUCUAAACAUGAUCUAUGUGAACUUUUGUAUGCAAUAGAUUUAUAAUUAUUAUUUACAGUCUUAAUAAUUGAAGAAGAAAUAAGAAAUGUUCAUGUGAAUGUAACGGUUUUGGGAAGAAAUCUAAUCAUGGUGAUAUUUAUAUGACCAAAAAUAUAAGUUCUACUAAGCAAAAACUGGAAUUAUGGGAUCUUUUAUUAUACAUUAGAAUAGCUGUAAUCAUUACUCUAGUCAUCAGUGUCCUCAUAAAUCUUUUAAAUAUCCUGAUCAGCUGCUCAAGACUGCUCAAAUAAUAUCAAAAGUUGUUUUAUUAUCAGUGCUGAAAUCACUUCAUGAAAACAAUCAUGAUUUUUUUAUUAUGAUUUUUUAAAAAAUCAGGAUUAUUUACUUAUCUGAAAGUUUAAUUGUUUAUUUGACAAACGUUUAUUUGGCAAAGGUGUUUCGAUGUAUCAAUAUAUAACAUUUGACACAUAAUUAUCAAUAUGUCUUUGUUGUUUUCUUUGUUUCCACCACUUUUGGUCAAUUUUAAUACCUCCGUGCUAAAAACAAAACAUUAAUUUCUAUUAAAAUACUUUCUCUAAAAAGAAUAAAGUCUCACUGAUAUUUAAACCGUAGUGAAUGUGCAAUCAACACGAGGCAGCUUCUCAAUAAAAGCCUUAUUUUAAUAGAUGAAGUUAGAAGACUAAGACCUAAUGUAAAACAUACAGGAUUCCUCAGAAAACCAUGUGAUUUAUAUACUGAUGUUUCUCUGAUUAAACUUGCUAAUGGAGUUUUAUAAAAUAAAUAUUUUUUGAUUU